AUGAGAGAGCAGAACGCAGCAUGCCCCGGGCAUCUCAAUGACCGGACCUGGCCGCGGACGCGGCGCGGCUCGGCCCGGAUUGUGUGCGCCAGGGGACAUCGGGAUCCCCGAUGUCCUGCCCCGCCGCCGACGCGUCGCCCACAGCCCCCUCCCCCGGCACCGACAACGGCGCUGCUCGGUGUUCCCCCAGCCCGGCUGCGGCCCAGCCCAGUGGCACCGCAGCGGCAGCGCGGACACGCGUGUGCCGGCGCAGCCGAGAGCGGAGCUGCCCUCCCCAACGGAGGGGCCGUGCGCGCUGCCCGCACUGGGAGCGCGGCGCGGUGCCGGCGUGCCCGCUGCCUACCGGGAGCCACGGGCUGCUGGCAGGCGGUGGCGUUACUUAACCCCCGCGCUGUCAUCGCUCGGGAGGGGCUCCCGCCGCAGGGAGCGGCAGCCCCGAGAUGCGGCCACCCCACUCCCCUACCCCCACGCCCUCCGCCGCGGCUUAGCAGGGUUCAGGAGCGCCGCAGCGAUCCCCAUCUGCGGCCAAAGCCGUGGGAGUUGAAUGGCAAUUGCAGCCUUGGUGCUGUUAUAGCAAUGAAGCUACAGACGUCAUUGCCUCCUGUUGGACAAAAACUCUUUAACUUCCACGCAGCCGAGAGGCAGGCUUGUCUAAGAUCCUGUGGACCCAACACUGUACCGAUAGAGUUCUAUUUAUUUAUAUAUGCCCAUACACAUACACAGACCCCGGGAAGAUGCUGGGCUGCUGGAGCAUGGAAGAGCCGGGAUUGUGCCCUGAACUUCACCCACUUGGCAGCCGCUGUUCCUAAACCAUUUCCCCUCUCCUCCCCUGCCUCUUUGCUUCUCGGACUGAGAAAUCUGCUCUUUAAAGUUGAUCUGAAGGGGAAAGCAGAGACGAGCUUGUGCAUAGUUUGGAGGGAACGGGGGCAGGUGGCGGGAGGGGGGGAGUGGGAGCGACACAUCUGCACCCGGGACCGAAAGGGUUACAGACGGAGCGAGAAAGACGGACCGACCGACUGCGGGGGUACUGACUUCACGGCGGAGUUUGCCAGGUGCGAGUUAUUCGUGAAUGUUCCCAGCCGGCUGCGCAGCUCGGCAGCACCGCACCGCACCGCACCGCACCGCACCGCUCCCGCAGGUGCCGGGCGGGGUGGCCGCAGCCCGCCCGAGCCGAGCCGCGCUCCUGCCCGCAGCCAGCCCCGCGCCCUCGCCCGGCCCCGGCAGCCUCCGGGGAGCUUAGGAUCCCCGGCUCCCAGAGCACAUGACCCUUGCAGGGAAUUUAGCCUCCCUGCACCUGCAGGCUCUUGUACAUCCCUCCUCCUUCUCUGCUCGGGGUUUGCUUUUUAAUCCUCUCAUCCCCCCCCGCUCUCCACAUUCCCCCCCCC